AUGGUGAGACAACUCAGCUGGGUGCUGUUGGCAUGUGGUUUCCACAUGCCUGGCCCCAUAGCCCUGUCCCAGAAGGAGAUGGCCACAGAGAAGCCAGUGACUCCUACUGAGGAGCAGCUGGAGAUCCUGGAGUACAACUUCUGCAAGGUGAACAAGCAUCCUGACCCCACUACACUGUGCCUCAUUGCGGCUGAGACGGGGCUCUCCGAGGAGCAGACCCUGGAGGACUCACCCAUGGUCUCAAGGUCUGAAGUUUUCCAGCCACAGCACAGCCCGAAGCGGGUGAUGUUCCAAGGGGUGACGGGGCAGCCGGCACAUGCAGCAGGCUGUUUCUGA